AUGGAGGGGCUGGGUACCUGGAGCCUGAUCACAGCUGCCCUGAUGAUCCUUCUGCUCCCCGGAAGUCUUGAGGAGUGUGGGCACAUCAGCCUCUCGGACCCCAUCAUCCACCUGGGGGGUCCUGUCACGGCCUCCUGCACCAUUGGCCAGAAUUGCCGUCACCUGAAGCUGCAGUCAGAAAUUCUGUGGAAACUGGAAUCAGAGUUUCAACCUGGUGGGAGACAGCAGCACCUACCUGAUGGGAGCCUGGAGUCUACAAUUACCCUGCCCCACCUCAACCACACACAGGCACAUCUCUCCUGCUACCUGCGCUGGGGCAACAGCCUGCAGAUCCUGGACCAAACCGAGUUGCAGGCAGGGUAUCCUCCUCCAAAACCAUACAACCUGUUCUGCCUUAUGAACCUCACAAUCAACAGCCUCAUCUGCCAGUGGGAACCAGGCCCGGAUUCCCACCUACCCACCAACUAUACCUUAAAGAGUUUCCAGAGCCGGGGCAACUGCCAGACCCAAGAGAAGCCCAUUCCGGACUGCAUACCUGCGGCUGGGCAGAGCCACUGCUCCAUCCCACGCAAAUACCUGCUGUUGUACCAGAAUAUUGGCAUCAGGGUGCAGGCAGAGAACAAACUGGGGACCAGCCUGUCCCCGCAGCUGUGCUUUGCUCCCAUGGACCUCGUGAAACUGGAGCCUCCCAUCCUGAAGGCCCUGGCCCCCAGACCUGAGGGGGACCCAGCCCAGCCCGGCUGCCUGUGGCUACACUGGCACUCGCAGAAUUCAACCCUGUUCAUCAAACAGAAGUGUGAGCUGCGCUACCAGCCACACCUUGCAGAAGUCAGCUGGGCUCUGGUGGCCCCUUUGCCCUCCAGGAUCCUCCGCCAUGAGCUCUGUGGCCUCCUCCCAGCCACAGCCUACAUCCUUCAGCUGCGCUGCAUCCGCUCGCCCCUGCCGGGCCACUGGAGUGACUGGAGCCCCAGUGUGGAGCUGAACACCACAGAACAGGCCCCCAUCGUCAGACUGGACACCAGGUGGAAGCAGAGGCAGUUGGACCCCAGGACUAAGGAUGUGCAGCUGUUCUGGAAGCCAAUGCCACAGGAGGAAGACAGUGGGCGGAUCCAAGGGUACCUGGUCUCCUGGAGACCCUUGGGCCAGGUUGGGGCAGCCCUACUCCUCUGCAACACCACAGAGUUAAGCUGCACCUUUCAGCUGCCUUUGGAAGCCCGGAAGGUGGUCCUUGUGGCCUACAACACAGGCGGGACCUCUCGCCCCACCCUGGUGGACUUCAUGGAGAGCAGAGGUAAAGGGGGCUGGCAGGCAAAAGAGCAUUGUGACCUGGGCAAGUUACUAACCUCCCUGGACCUCUAUUUACUCAUCUAG